GGAAUAGGAAGCACAGGAUCAUUCACCUUUAAGAAACACCACACUAAAGAAUAAGCAAACUAAAGAGCAGAAGCCGAUUUGAUGGUGUUACAGGAUGAAAAGCUGAUACUGUGCUGGUCCUCUGGUCUAUGUAAUGGCUUUUCUGCAUUGUGUUUGUAUUGGCGUAUUACUGUUGCCAUGGUUUCAAUGUUGCUGGGGGAAGUGCAUCUUUGACAAAGUUCAGAGAUCAGUCAAAGUUGUGUCCCCGUCCAUUAGUAAACAAAACUUGGGUCAUUGGUCCGUGAAUGAAACUGCACGUAACUAUCAAACUCUUAUCACUGGAUCAGAAGACAAUUCGGCUGAACAUCCUCAGAGAUCUAAAAGAUCAGAUAGAGAUACAUUUCCUGAUCCACAACCAAUCAGGAUCAAGACCUGGAUUCCAAGAGAAAGCCCCAUCCUCUCAGACCAGGAGGGAGAGAGAUUAAUGGCAGCAGUUAAUGAGGCCGUAAUCAAAGUAUCCAGUUUACUGUCAGUGAUAGGAGUUCCAGAUAGACUGCUGUUAAACAGAGACAUCAACAAGUACUGCAAAUUCAUCUGGAGAAACAGUAACACAGUCAACUAUAUGAAAUGUGGCAGAGCCAAUGAUAACUACAGAUCUGAGAGCUGUCUGGAUGUGACUAUACCAGAUGAGCACCUGAAUGGCUGUUUCAUUUAUCCGCAUCCUGAUCAUCCAAUCCAAAACGUGCUGAAGCCAGAGGGGGCAGGAGUUCCUGACACUGACUUCCUGCUUUAUGUGUUCACUCACAGUACUGAUAAAUGUCGGACAGAGUCCAGUGUUUUAGCGUAUGCUGCUCAUUGUCAGACAGACUCUGUUGGACGACCUAUAGCUGGGGUCAUGGUCAUCUGUAGAGAACACCUCAGUGUGGAAAGAUACACACAUGAUCACUUUGUGCAGACUGUCCUGCAUGAACUGUUUCAUGUAUUGGGCUUCAGUAAAGAGCUCUACAGCAGAUGGAGAGAUUGCUCGAUCUCCUCUCAGGCUGAUGAAAACUGUUGGUCUUAUGGCCAUGUGACCAGCACAGAUGAGAUGGGUCAGGUUAGACUUUAUUCACCGGCUGUGAUCAGAGCUAUGCAGAAACAUCUCAACUCUACACAGUCUGACCUCGGAGCUCCGUUAGAGAACAAGGAUGCUGGUUCUGAUGGUCUCUCAUCACACUGGGAGGCUCGUGUGUUGCAGGGUUCCAUAAUGACAGCUUCAUUGGCAGAACCGUCACUGGUUCGGAUCGAUCCGGUCACACUCGCUGCUCUUCAGGAUACAGGCUGGUACUCUGUCAACUUCAGCCGGGCACAGAGUUUGGUGUGGGGAGAGGGUGAAGGUGGUCAGUUUGGGUCUGUCUCUACCUGUCACAAUAACUCAACCUUUUUUUGCACAGGCAGUGGAUUGGGUUGUCAUUACCUUCACCUCCACAAGGGGGAGUGUCUUACUGAUCAGUUCCUGGAUGGCUGCUUUAUUUUCAAACCGCUGGCGAAUGCUAGUGAGUGCUGGAAAGAGCAGAAUAACAGCAGCAGUGGAUUGGAGGCAUGGAGAGGUGAAAUCUUUGGAUCUGACAGUCGAUGUUUCAUAUCUAACCUCACCAGAAAGGGUCAUUCAUCCUCCAGUCAGCCAGUUGCAGGUUAUUGUUAUAGACACAGGUGCACUGGAAUAAACAGGUAUCAAAUCCAGGUAAUGGAUUCUGAUUGGUUGGAUUGUCCAGCAGGAAAAACCAUUAAGGUACCUGGUUAUCUGGGUUUCAUUUUCUGCCCAAACAAGAGAUUAUGUGAAUUUUCUGAUUUAACUCACACUUUAACACAACACUCAUGUGGGACAUGCAGAGAAAGGUUGGUGUUAAUUUGACACAUUUUAAAGGUGCAGUGUGUAAUUUUUAGAAGGAUCUCUUGACAGAAAUGCAAAAUAAUAUAUAAAACUAUAUUAUCAGGGGUGUAUAAAGACCUUUCAUAAUGAACCGUUAUGUGUUUAUUACCUUAGAACGAGAACUUUUUUAUCAACAUACAAAGAGGGUCCCCUUACAUGGAAGUCGCCAU